UUCCUUGGUUAUUCUAAUGUAUGUGCUAAUUUUUUUAAUGGGUUAACAGUCCUGAAAAAUUAUCUGGUACAAACAUUAACACAGUCACAGUAUCUCACCCUAUUCAUAUCCUUAAUUUCUAACUUUUAUUUUUAUCUUCAAGACAGCGCGAUUUUUUUCGGUAGUUUGCAAACUCUUAAUGAAUUUAUCGAUUUGCUGAUAAGAUUCCAUAUCGAGGAGAAGGAGAAAGGAAAGAAAGAAAGAGAGAGAGGUUUAGCGUAUUUCAAAUAAACAUUAAUUAGUGUUUGUCCUUGCUCGGGGCUGUGUAACGUUAAUAGGUAGGUGUUCCAUGACACACAGACUGCUCCCACAUGAUGUCAGGAGCUCGGCUACUGAAACAUGAUUUGUUGUCUUAUAGUGGGACGGGCAAUUCCACAACAGCAAGGUGGAUUCAGUCGAAAGGUUCAGUAAAAGUGGUCAGUGUUGAUGACAAGUGUUGUUUGAAGUCAGUACAUCUCCCUGACACCUCCGUGUGCGCGUCCUCCAGGGGGAUCACCAUCAACAACGUCAAGGUUUGAACAUUUUACGGGACAGAGAGUUGACUUUUUUUUCUCUCUCUCGUUAUUUUCUUCUCCCGAGUGUGAGUGACGGGGGUCCCUUGUCGGGCAGUGGGGGCUCUCGCCCCCCGCCGCCGCCGCGUGUUUCCCGGGCUGGGUCCGCAGGCGUUGUGAGUGAAAUGCCGACUGACAUCUCGCUGCCCCUGAGAAUCCUCAACAAGGGGCCCGGCUACCUCCGGAGGCAGAUGGAGGGCAACCGCCGGGGCCGCCUGAGCGCCGUGGAGAGGCUGGCGGCCGACAAGGGCAAGUACGUGAAGAGCCCGCAGCUGGUGGCAGGCGGUCAGGGGGACGGAGACGGAGACGGGGACAGGGAGGCCCGCUCCGGCAGCGAGGCCUCGGGCAGCAGCAGCGGCGGAGGAGGAGGAGGAGGGAGCAUGGAGAGCUGCCCGGGAGGACGAGGCGAGAAGCCGGCGGCACACUCCCCGGGCGGAAACCAUGUCCCGCACGCUCCCUUACAGCGGGACGGCGGCACCGCCAUCCGCCGCUCCAAGAGGCAAAUGAGGCCGGACUCGCUGGUCAUCUACCGCCAGAAGUACGAGGUCGUCAAGGGCUCGGGAGGAGGAGGAGGCGGCGGCGGCGGGGCCCGCGCCGCUAACCAGAGCCUGGUCCGCAGGCUCUUCCAGGGGGGCUCCAUCAGGGACAAGCAACAGCCGCCGCCGCCGGCAUCGCCCGAGGUGCCCAAGGUCAUCAUCAAGGAGGGUGGAGGGCCGGGGGACACGGGCUGCGGGGACCAGGUGGAGGAGGAGCGGCCUUCGCCACCGCCACCGCCAGCGGCUUCGCUCAUGCCCCCGGCACAGAGGCCGGCCCCGUGCCAACGGCGGGCCAGCAAGGGUCUGCACCGCUCCCAGUCCGACAUCAGCUCCCGCUACUCGAGGGCCUUCUCCGAGUUCGACAGCUUCUUCAGGUACUGCGGCCUGGAGCCCGAGGUCAUCGACGACCUGGGCCGCGAGAACUUCACCUCGGCGUCCGACACCGCGGUCACCGUGCGCGUGCGCAGCGUCAGCGCGCCCGACUCGGACAGCGACUUCUCCCGCCACAGCGCCCAGGAGGACCAGCGGCCGCUCGAGGAAGCGCUGGGCGAGCGCAAGCCGGCGUCCAGCCUGUCGGUCAUCGAGCGCAACGCCCGGGUCAUCAAGUGGCUGUACGGCUGCAAGCGAGCCCGGGAGUGCACAGCUGCCGAGCUGGUGUAGGCGAGCGGACACUGACCCAGGGAGGGCUGGGGAAGGAAGGCACCUCUAAUCUACUCCCGUCUGGAGAAAUGCUGCUCAGUCCUUGCUGGCUCCGCUUUGCAAGGGAGAUGUUGCGAGUGUGAACCAGAAUCAGCGGGGGCUAGGAAUGCGCAGCAAGUCAGUUCUCAUCCAUGUGUGUCUGGAGAGAACAUAUCUCAAAGUUUCAGGUGGAAAGACACUCUCCUCCCCUGCGCCGCCGCUUCUCGCAAUCUUGACUGCAAUCCCCCCGAGGGAUAAAGAGGGUUUUUAUUUUAAAAACAAAAGUGUACGUCGACCUUUUCCUUUGACAGAUUUAGAGAUAUUUUGAUGGCCUCGGUUCAGAGGAGGUUACAGCAAGUAGACACUGUUGGGACUGGGAGGAGGGGCAGACAGGGGUAUAAAUCUUCCAAACAAUAGACAGCUUUCUAAAACAUUUAACUUUGCAGCGAUUUAUUGAAAAGAGCCGCCAAAUCGUCAUUGCACUGGAUUAAUUCAAAGGUUUUUGCUUUGCAUGCCACCAAUUCAGUUACUGAAUCUCAUCCCCUCGCCUUCCUCCCAUCAACCAAAUGGUUUGCAUUAUGAUUGUUUCAUUAAGGCAAUCUUUGUCCUGUUGUGACCUCACCUUGCCUGAGCUGCCUACAGCAUAGACCUAAAACUGUCUUGUAGCAAGGUUACUUAAUAUUCUUUCUAUUUAAGAGAUUUAUUUUAUUUUCUGUGUUAAAUACAGAAUCUGUUUUCGUUUUAAAUAGUGUUGUCGUGAACAGAAGUUCUGUUAGUCUGUUUGUGCAGUUGAAACGUUAAUGUUUAUAUUGAACAAAGGUUCUUAAAAUCAAAUAGCUUUAAUUAUCCAGCUAAUCAAAAGUCUAUUACAACAGAAUCACCUCACUUUUGUGUAAUGUUGAGCAGUAUGAUUUAUCAAAUCAUUCCUGUACACAUUAGUCAGAGACCUCAAAAGGCAGCAUUUUUUGUACCAAAUAGAUUUCAUUUUGAAAUAUCACAAUAUUGUGUGUAAAUAUAAAUUUUCAUUUUAAAAAACAUUGUUUUUAAUGUCAGUUUGAUUUUAGAUUUUCUUGCUUGGUUUAUUAUUUCCUGUUGAGUUGAAGAGGAAUCAGACCCUGUUGUCCUGUCCUCUGACAGAUAAUAUUGCCACACCCAGCUACUGCAUUACAGGGACUAUUUUGAAACACUUAUUAAAAAUUGCUGACAUUAAAAAAGAUGAUACUAGGCACAGAAGUAGACCAUUUGGCCCUUCGAGCCUUUUUCACCAUUCGGGAGGACCAUAACUGAGCCUUUAUCUGAAAGGCAUACUCCUUUUUAAAAUCUCGGCAUCGCUUUCUUAAAUAUAUUCAGACCAAGAUUUGGGUUGAUGCUUGUGCUGAAUGACUUUGUUCUUGGACUAGUUUAGACUUCAAUUUGAAUUAAAAUGUUAUUCUUUCUAGCCCCCUUAAAACUAACAUGAAAGCAAAACACCACAGCUGACAGUAAUGUGAAAUAUAACCAUAAAUCUGGAAAUAUUCAGCAGUUCGAGCAGCAUCUAUGGAGAGAGAAACAGUUAAACUUUCAGGUUAAUGACCUUUUCAGAGCAGGUAUAAAUGAUUUAAUGCUGAAUCAAAUAUUUGUUGAUGCUGACUAGUAGGAGAAGAUGACAUGCUCACAAGACUACCUGGCCAGCCCUGACUUCUGACUGGGUAAUGUUUUACCUAGUUUCAUCAAGGCCACAAAGAACGGGCCAAAGAACUAUGAUAGAACAGUGAGCAAAUACAUUUUCAUUCAUAUGACAGUGUCUCACUUAUUGACUGACUGAUUCUAUUUAGUUAUUUAGUGGUAUCAACCCUGGAGAUUACUGCUAUGCACAAGUUUACUUCCUGUGUUCAGGGAUGUCAACACCACCACUCGUGAAACCACAAUCCAACCUGAUUCCUACCUUAUCAAUGCUGGCCUCUACGUUUUACUCUGCUAUAAAGUUCCAGUUAUUUAAAGUUAAUACAUGAGCCCAGUGAAAACACGGUCACUAAAAUGGUUUGAGAUUGGCAGCCUUUAAGGACUUAAAUAUUUAUUAUCCAAUCCCAGAAAAUGUCCUCUCUGCACUGCUCUUCUCCGUUCAUACCUUUUGAUGCAAACACUCAUUAAAUAGCUUACAAUCAAGAAAAUAAGGGAAGCCUCCAGAAAAUCAACAUGGCCUGCCAAACUAUGAUACCUCAGUGCUGUUAGUUUGAAACUGAGGUUACCAAUUUUAUUAAAAAGCAUGCAAUCAAUGGCAAGAACAAAUUGCUUGCUCUGAUGCUCACUGCCUUGAGAGGUAUAGAAGAUGCCUCCAAAGGGGGAGAGAAGACACUUUACAUUUAUAUUGUGGUUGUACAAAAGUAAUAAUAGCUCAGGUUUUCAUACACUUAUUGAGGAUAAGUUUGGCUGAAAGAUAGUGUAAACUGAGCAAUAUCAAUUAAGGCAUCUGUUCUACAUCUCUAGAUUUUAAUUUAAGAUAAAUAAUGGUAUCAGUCAAAGUCAAUGUUAUUCCUCUAUAUGCCAACCAUGGGUGGGAUUGUAUAGUUCCAUAUUAUCUUCAGAAUGGGAGGCUUACCAUGAUCCCUGGAAUGCAAUGUCACAAAAUACAUGAACUCAGGUUUCCACAUUUGUGCUUCUCUCUAAAAAGCAGCUGCCAUUAUCGUGGUAAUAGGGAUUUAAAAAGUGAACCGAACAUUUACAUUUUUCAUUCAAGACCUUGUACAAGUUAGAAGCAGGGCUAAGCCAUUCACCCUUUUGUAUCAUCUCUACUCAACAGAAUCACAGGUAACUAACCCCCAGAUCUUUUAUAUUAAAAAAAAAAUUACUGAUUCUCAUGCGAGCAUCUCUGGCAAGUGAUUUUUUUUUCUAAUUACCUAUCCCUCGUUGACUUGAGAAAAGAGUGAGUACAAGCUGCCAAUUUUAACCAGUGGUAGUUAAGAAGUAAUCACACUGAUAUGGGAUUAGAGUCUCUUUGGGGUAAGAACAGCAGGUUCCCUUUCACUGUUUAUACAGAAAAAUGUUUACUUCAUUUUCAGUAUUAUUGAUCAUGUCCAGAAUUGUUAAAAGUGAUUUCAGCUUGACAACUUAGAAUUUGAACUCUGUUUCUGGAUCUGUAGUCCAGUCUUUGCUGGCCAGUAAUAGAAGGGCUUAUGCCUGAGACAUUGAUUCUCCUGCUCCUUGGAUACUACCUGACCUGCUGUGCUUCUCCAGUGCCACACUCUCUUGACUCUGAUCUCCAGCAUCUCCUGUCCUCACUUUCUCCUGGGCCAGUAACAGAACUACUACAGUAUGUUACCAUACCAAUCCCAGCUCUGCUAUUUGAGUUAGUGACUCAGAAGUUUGUAAAAGCAGCUCAGGACAACUGAGGAUUACUUCAUUUUUACUCUGAUGUUCCUACUUGUUCUAGCUCAAACUGGAAAUUUGAAAUAUGGAAAUCUCUCAUCCAAAGAGGCUAGCUCCAUUGAAAGAAAACUUUUAAUUUGGAUCUGAAUCAUUUUGAUUUGAGCAUAUAAACCAUUGAUACUUCAUAAUUAGCUUUAUAAAGGUGGACUCAUGCUAAGUGUUCUUAAAAAGGCGGUACAGUGGUUAGUGCUGCUGCGUCAGCGCCAGGGGCCCAAAUUUGAUUCCAACCUCAGGUGACUGUGGAGUUUGCACAUUCUUCCCAUGUUUGGGUGGAUUUCCUCCUGCAGUCCAAAGAUGUGCAGGCUGGGAAGAUUAGCCAUAGGUAAUACACAGUUAAGGGAUAGAACAGGGGGAUGCGUCUGAGUGGGAUGCACUUUGGAGGAUUGGUGUGGACUCGAUGGGCCAAAUGGCCUGCUUCUGCACUGUAGGGAUUUUAAGUCUUCAAAGAAACAAGCUAUGUAGCCUGAAAGGUAUCGCCUUUCACCCCUACAUGCUGAUUGACACAUAUGUUGAAUUACUUUGUGCACCAAAGGCAACUUAAUUUUGUUGUAUAAACAGGAGCUAACGUUACCUUGCCAACAGCCUGUAGAUAUGAGGAAGAGACAGGUGUGCUUUUUCUCUUUAAUGGAAGAUUUUCAUAUUGACCAGAAGUGUCUGAAAAUUGUUGUUCUUGAUUAAACUUUGACCAUUGAAUUGCUAUCAGUUGUAAGUGUCUAGAGAUUAAUUAAAUCUUUCAAGAGCUUCAGUUUACAGUAUAUUGGCCUUUUUGUUAAAUAGUUUGUAAAGAGCAGCAAUAAGCCAAAGAGUGAGAAAACCAUUUAUAGCUGGUUGCAAGAAAGAAAAAUGAGCUGCCAUUAAAAAAUGUUUAUCUUGAAUUUAUUACAUACAUACUAAAAGUUAAAAAAUAUGCUUACAUCAGUGAAAGUCUAGGAGAUAUGUAAUAUUGUAAAGUCAAUUGUCACUUAAGUUUCUGAAAUGCCUUCCUAAUUUUGCCAUUCUGCCCUGAAGCUAUGACAUUGGCGGAGCAUAUAAAUGUGCAAUAAUUUCAAAAAUACUUGCUCAAUGAGUUUUCAUGCCAUCCAAACUUGGACUACUUCCAGCUUAAAGAAAGUUAGUAUUUUGCAGUGUGAGGUGAAGUUGGUUUGAACUGAAUUUUGUUGAAUAAGAUAGAGUUGUCCUGUUUCGUUUCUGCUGACCUGAUAACGUUAAUUGCCUUGUCACAGCAUCUUUGCAAUCUGGUACAAAACCAGGAAAAUGUAAACAUGAGUGUUAAGAUUGCCUUACACCCUACAAACCUGUACGCACAUGUUCUGUUCCAGAUAUAACUAUAAAAACAGCAGUUGAAUGGCUUUUCUGGGAGAGCAAAGCAAACCAUCCACUCUAUACAAAGGAUUCCUAUUUAUUAGUUUUCCUGUUGUUUUUAUUUUUAGGAAUGUUUUCAAUAUGCAUUUAGUUAGAAAUUAUUCCAUCUCAGAAACAUGAACUAAAGCUAAUUUGUUGCUGGAAUUAUUCCAACAGUUGUUAAUACUCGUCAAUGACUUGGUAUCUUUAAAGAAAGAUUAUAUGAAAACUGGUGUUUGAAAGGAAAAUACCAAUUAAUGUAUAUUGUGAAAAUAAAUCAGUAUUUUGUAUUUUGACAACAUAGGCAGUAAAGCAGCUUUAUGCAAAGAGUUUAAGAAUGUCCUUGUAUUUUAUUCAUUAAAAUAAUAAUUUUAUAUAAAAAA